AUGGAGGGGAAGGCUGCAAAGACGUCCUCGAUGGACUCUAGCUUCCCAGUCCUGCUGCCUGAAGACCCAUGUCUGCGUAUGGGCCCAGCGCAGUUUAAGGAGUACAUCUUCGCUUCUCUUUCAAGGAGCGACAAGACCAAGAAAGAGGAAGUAACAGAAGAUCUCACACCCAGUCUACCUGAGCAACCAGAGUCCAAGGCUUCUGUGACGGAGAUCGAGGAUACAACAGCUGUCCGGUCGAGCGGAAAUACCUUUGUCGAUGCCCUAUCCCGAGAAGCACAGAACCCCGGAUCAGGGGUUCCUUCAGCAGAAGAGCUGGAGGCCAGGAAUCUUGCCCUGACUGACAACACCGGUAUCACUCAUGCUUCUACGGAAUCGAACCUGGUCGACUUGUUUCACACACUGGACGGAAAGGCUAGCGAGGAAUCGCUGGCUGCCCUAGCCCCUCUACUUGAGGAGGCAUGGAAGGAAGAUUCCCUGGUUACCCUCAAGAUCAUCUGGAACUGCCGCAGCAUCCACCUAGGCAAAGGUGAACGAACGAUGUUCUACGUCGCACUUGGUUGGCUUAAGGAGAACCACCCACAGACUCUACUGGCUAAUCUCCCAUGGAUCACCCGCGCCGUCAUCGAAAAGGUGCCUAGAAAGGAAAAGGAGGGAGAAGAAGCCGCCGUGGUUGUUGAGCAACAGACGAUGGGAGUCGAUGAUUACGAGGUAAUCCAUGGAGUAUCACACGGCUACUGGAAGGACCUACUCAACCUUGUUGCACUAUCCGCCAACGACGAGCUUGGAAUGAAGGACCCUGAGACAAUUCUGAAGAACAGGAACCGAGAGAAUCAGGGGCGCCUAGAAAGUCUUGAUGUUUCGCUACCUUUGAGAGGGAAAAAGGUCAAGGUCUCAGCGAUGAAUGCCGAAGAGAAACGAGCUUACCUGGAUAUUCCCCGCGAUGAGAGACUCAAGGAAGCUGAAAUCAUAAACUGCUACCAGCAGGAGACAUCCAAGAGUAAAAAGCGUGCCCGAGAAAUAAUUCACCACGAGAAGUUGUGGAAGAAAUUCGAGACCGACGAAUUCCAUCGUGCUCUGCACUAUACCGUUGCUCGCAUGUUCGCCGACCAACUCAAGAAAGAUAAGAAUAUCCUUGACGUAGGCACGAAGGCACAACGGAAGGAGAUUAGCCUCUGCGCCAAAUGGGCUCCUUCACUCGAACGAUUCCACGACAAACAAACCCUGAUAGCGACGACCAUUGCAGAAAUACUCUUCCCUGCGGAGAGCAUCAAAAAGGAGGGCGACACAAGAGAACUUUACCUUAAACGUGCACGAGAACAAUACAGAGCUUCAAUACUGUCUCCUUUGCGCAAGGAGCUUCAGAUAAUCGAACGCGAUAUAUCUGCAAACAACUUCACAAAUAUCAAGUACGAGCAGGUUCCAUCUCUAGCUAUGGACCUUUAUAAAGGCCUCUUCGCAAAGAAAGACCACGACAAUUUCUUGAAAUACCUGCUUGACGUCCAAUCUGGCAAACUGGCCAUAUCAGGAAGCGUACUCAUGCCUGGACCACUGGUCCAUCAAUGGAGACGAGGCAAGAGGGACGAAAUAGCUCAACUGACGCUGAAUGCUCAGUGGGAUACUUUGGUGCAGCGUAUAAAAGAUAACGGCUCACUUUCGGAUUCUAUCGCCGUUUGUGACGUUAGCGGCUCUAUGGAAUGUGCGUCCGCCAAUGGCGCCUCGGCGAUGGACAAUGCCAUAGGACUGAGUCUCAUCCUCUCAACGGUGACAAAAGCGCCAUUUGGCGGCAAACUAAUCACCUUCUCCGAGGAACCGAGCAUAGUUACGAUAGCAGGGGACGGGAACAAGAAGUUUCCCUUUGACGAACUUGUUGAUAAUACAACACGCAUGGAUUGGGGCGGUAGCACCGACUUCCUCGCGGUAUUUACAGAUCUUAUCCUCCCUCUGGCCGUCACCAACAAGGUCAAACCUGAAGACAUGGUUAAGCGGGUAUUUGUCUUCAGCGAUAUGCAAUUUGAUCAGGCGCAACAACAUGGUUCUAGCCCCUGGGCUACCCACUACCAGAUUAUUGAAAAGGAGUUUACAGCGGCGGGCUACGAGGUACCUGAAUUUAUCUUUUGGGACCUCGCCAGUUCUAAGACAGGGUCGGCUCCUGUCACUAAAGAUAUGCCCGGUACUGCUCUAGUAGGCGGACAGAGCCAGGCAAUGCUUAAGGUAUUUUUGGAUGGGGGUUCAUUCGACGAAGCAGAAGAGGACGAAGAAAUGGAGGAUGCAGCUGAGGACGAAGAUGGUUUUUCUGUUGUCAAGAAGGCAAAGAAAACCAUAACCCCUCUCUCAAUCCUUAUGAAGGCAGUUGGGCAUAAGGCUUAUGACAUGCUCACCGUCGUUGAUUGA